AUGAACCAAAGAAGUCAACAGGAAGGCCAAAUUAAGAAAUCAAAGAGUGAUUGGAAAAACACUGAAAUAAGAGUAUGUCUUUCAAAAUACCAAACGGAACACCAAAAUCUACUGAUUAAAAAUGAUGAAAAGCACUCUACUUCCGACAUUCAAUAUAGCAAUGACGAAUUUGUGGAAAUUAAGGAAGAAUUUAUCGAAGAUCAAGACACUACAGUUCAAAAGUAUGACUCAAAAUUCCACGCUGUAGAUAUUAAAGAAACUUAUAAAGUUCAGGAAUCAGAACAGGAAGCGGAAAAGAAGUACAAAUGCAAGAAGUGUUCCCACAGCUAUCUAUUAAAAAAUCAUUUGAAUCACCAUCUAAAAUAUGAAUGCGAUUUAAAUCCGCAGUUCAUAUGUAAAUUCUGCAACAGACGAUUUAAACAGAAAUGUUAUAUGGAUAGACAUAUAAGUCGCGUGCAUGAAAAUUUAGACACAUCAGAGUCGGUAUUGAGGCAUAAAUGCAACAUAUGUUUUCGAAGUUACACUUUGCUCAAAAAUUUAAAUCAACAUAAACGUUUUAAACACUCAGUAGUAAAAGCGUUAUGGUUUUGCGAUUUUUGCGGAAUUAGCAUGAAUCUGAAAAGUAGCUUAGCAAGACACAUUGUUUCAUGUCACUUACAAACAACGAAAAUAAGACAUAAAUGCAACAAAUGUCCUCGGAGUUACACUGCGAUGGGAGUUUUAAACCGACAUAAACGAUUAUACCACGAAACAGACAAACCACAAUUUAUUUGCGAUUUUUGCGGACAUAAAGCGAAUGAGAAAGCAAGUCUGUCAAAACACAUUUCUUCACGCCACUUACAGUCUUCGCAAAUAAGGCACAAUUGCAACGUAUGUUCUCGAAGUUACACUACUACAAGUGCUCUAAAUCAACAUAAACGUGCAGAGCAUGCAACAGUCAAACCACAAUUUACUUGCGACUAUUGUUGUCAUAACACAAAUAGGAAAAGUAGCUUGUCAAGGCACAUGAUCGCACGCCAUCUGAAUUUAAAAAAACGUACAUGAAACAUUAAAGUUUAGAAUUUUGCUAAUAUGGUUUAAAAAGCUACUAUUUGCAAUACAAAAAAAAUAUUUUUUUUUACCUCAAAUUAUAUUCUUUGUUGAAAUCAAUACAUAAUACUCAAUUUCAUAUUUUGAUAUUUAUGAAACAGUAAUUUACUCCCCUUCAAUAUCGACAUAAGUUAAUUUUCUGAAAUAUAUAGAUUAUUGUUAUGUGUUGAAGAAAGCAAUUGAGCUACCGGAUCGAAUAAGGGCUCAUAAACUUAUUUCGCCGGGAGUGGGAAGGUCCCUGGAGACUUUUAAUAACAUAUUCGAAUUUGAAUGUUUAAAGACUAUAUCUGGAUGUAGAAUUUUAUUGCGCAUCUUUUUUUCGCACGCAAAAAUUGUAGAUUUUUUAGUUUUCUAAUUAAGGCCAAAAAAACUUUUUUUUGUUGUCGUUGAAAAGAUUAAUUUUAAUUUGUUUUCACUUCAACUCCUGCUCCAUCAGUCCGUUUUUCGGAUUUUUAAAUAAAAUUAUGUGCAAAUGUAGCUCGAAAUGUCCUUCGACUGAUAGAGCAGAAGGAAUUCCAAAAUUUAUUUCAAAAAAUGUUUGAAAAUUUUUUUUCUGGUGCUUGGCGCUUGCAAGACUUCUUUAACUUUGAGCGUUUCGUUUAUUGAACGAAUUUCGAGCAACAAAAAACUUCCAGCAAGAAAUUUGUUCAAAACAGUACAAAGAAGUUUUCUUGAAAAUGUUAGCCCCAUCGAAUUGAUAUUCAAGAAAUUGUUAACGUCUCAAAUCGAUAGUGGCGAGGCGACUCGCACGCCGGCUGUAUCGAGAGUUUCAGAUGCGAUUCAAUACAGUUCUCCAGCGCC